AUAUCAUAUAUCAAUGUCAUGGCCAUUAAAGAAGUACAAAUGUAGGAUAGCAUAAACUUUUUUUCAGUUGAAUCCUUUAAUUCUUAGGUUAUAAGAUGUAUCAUAAUUGUAAAUGCCAGGAUUAUGAUAAUAAUACAUCUUAUAAUAUAUAUUAUGCUUGGUCAGAUAUUUAAUACGGAAAUUGAUGUACAGCCAUGGCUCCAAUCAAAGAGGUUGUAAGCUACUGUGACCAUCUUCAUAAUAUGUACUAUAACAAACAAGGCGAAUUCUGCAAAAGGUGUGACAAAUGUUUUCCAGGAUUGGGACUGGUAUCAAUAACGGAAAGGCAAUUUGAUAUUGAUCCAGUUCACGGUGCGUUAGGGUGUCGUCAUUGUAUCCGAUGUCCCAAGGGAUUCUAUAGCGACAGCCUAUCAUUUGAUAGAUGUCUACCAUGUAAAGAUUGUAGGACAGUUGGAAGAUCCGAAACACAGAUAUGUACACCAAAACAAAAUGCCAUAUGUGGAGAAAUAAAGCCAUCAAAGCCGGGUUCAAAUAGUCAUGAUGGCAACCUUACUACCAUUGUUUCCAUAUCUGUGGGCAGCAUUGUUGUGUUAGUAGUUGCACUGGCUAUAAUAAUAUACAAAUGUCUCAAUAAUCAAAGAAGACAGGAAAACAAUCACGAGGAUUCAUUAAAUAGUGAUUCUGACAAAAGUCUCAUGUCAACAGAAGUUUCAUCAUUAUCAUACAGCAAAAGUACAUUGGAAACUGACGGUCCAACCGAUUCUGUUGAAGAUGUCAAUAGUGUAGUGAAAGAAUUCAAACAAAAAUAUGAUCAAAGAAUGGAAUUUACAGAAAAAGACGCCUCAAUGAUCAGCAAAAGUAUUGCCGCUAAUAGUAGGUUUUACAAGAUUGGUAUCCAUCUUGGAAUACUAGACGAUGAUAUCCAAAUAAUUAUUGUUAAUAAUAAGGAUGUGGAAUCACAAGCAUACAAAACACUAAUUAAAUGGAAACAACUGAAAGCUUCAGAAGCAACAGUACUCACAUUUAUUGAUACAAUAGUCCUUCUUGAUUUAAACGAUGUAGCUUUAAAAUUUUGUAAUUUACAUAAUCAAAGAACAUUGAAUAUGGCAUCAUGAUAUUGCCUCAUUGAUAAUAUUGCACAUCGCUAUCAGUAUAUCAGGAUCAAUUAUGAAUCAAAGAUGUUAGGUAUACUUCGUAGACUGUUUGUUUGGAUAACAAUGUUCAAGUCGCCAUAUUGAAUGCUCAUCUAAUAACUUUUUUAGGUGUACUUUGUAGAAUCUCGAUUGAAUGUGUUUGUUUGGCGAAAAUGUUCAAAUUCGCCAUAUUGAAUGUGUUAGGUAUACUUCGUAAAAUGUUGAUUGGAUGUGUUUGUUUGGAUAACAAUGUUCAAGUCGCCAUAUUGAAUGCUCAUAUACAUAUAAUACUGUGAUCAUUGUAGAAUUAAACACAUAUAAAGUUAA